AUGCUUAGCUUGGGUGCUUCGCUGUUUCGCUACGCUACAAACAGAUGUUAUAAUUCGAGUACUAUACAUCUGACGCAUGUUAAAUGGAUUACCGGGAAACGACAGCUCAAGAAUUACUUUAGUAAAUUUGGUAGCAUUAAGGAGGUUCAGUUAUUUUACGUAAGUCUUACAACGUUCUUGUAAGCUAUUUGAAGGAUCCGAAGUGUGGGUUACACAAAGGAUUCGGGAAUGUGGUGUUCGACAGUCCACAGGGGAUGAUGAAGGCGAUCCAACAUAAGCCCCAUGUUAUCGACGGUGAUGUUGUAAGUCUGCCAAUAGGGAUGUGUUACACAUAAUUUCUGGUGCUCUACAUAAUUGGCCCCGUUCCAGGUUGGUGUGGAGAUUCAGACGAGAACAAAAAGAUGA